UGUCCCCGGUCCCCGGUCCGCAUUGAAACGAAGAAAUCAGAUAAAGUUUUCCCAUUUUCUUCCUUGACAAUACAGUGAUCGCCAUUUGCCGACCUCGCUUUCUCGGCUUCUCCGAAUCUUUCUGGAUUGAUGGCAGAUGAAGCUGUAAACGUGGAUGAGUUUCAGGAAUUGGCAAAGAGGGUCCUCCCUAAGAUGUACUAUGAUUUCUACAGCGGGGGAGCUGAAGACCAGCAAACGCUGAAGGAGAAUGUGGAAGCAUUCCACAGAAUCAUGUUGCGUCCAAGGGUUCUUGUUGAUGUGAGCAACAUAGAUAUGUCUACGAGCAUAUUGGGUCACAGGAUCUCAGCUCCCAUCAUGAUUGCUCCAACGGCCAUGCACAAGGCUGCUCAUCCAGAAGGAGAAAUCGCCACAGCAAGAGCUGCAGCUGCAUCUAACACCAUCAUGAUUGUGUCAUUCAUGUCUACUUGCACUGUCGAGGAGGUUGCUUCCUGCUGCAAUGCCGUUCGGUAUCUUCAACUAUAUGUAUUCAAAAGACGCGAUAUAACUGCUCAAGUGGUGAAAAGAGCAGAAAAAGCUGGAUACAAGGCAUUAGUUCUGACUGUAGAUGUUCCUAGGCUUGGUAGAAGAGAAGCGGAUAUAAAGAACAGAAUGAUUUCCCCUAAGCUUAAGAAUUUCGAAGGCCUUAUAUCAACAGAAGUUCGAUCUAAUGAAGGUUCAGGACCUGAAGUUUUUGCCAAUAAUGCAUUUGAUGCUUCUUUAAGUUGGAAGGACAUAGGAUGGUUAAAAUCUGUUACGAAGUUACCUAUUCUGCUCAAAGGCAUACUCACCCGUGAUGAUGCUAUAAAGGCCAUGGAGAUUGGUGCAGACGGGAUCGUUGUAUCUAACCAUGGAGCUCGGCAGCUUGACUACUCACCAGCCACUAUAACCAUUCUAGAAGAGAUUGCUCAGGCUGUUAGAGGGAAGAUUCCAGUUCUGCUUGAUGGAGGAAUACGACGAGGAACGGAUGUUUUCAAGGCACUAGCUCUUGGUGCCCGAGCUGUGCUUAUAGGGAGGCCUGUAAUCUAUGGACUCGCGGUUAAUGGAGAAGAAGGAGUGAAACGAGUGAUUAAAAUGUUGAAGGAUGAGCUUGAGCUUACCAUGGCCCUAUCAGGAUGUCCCUCCAUUAAGGACAUAACCAGAAGCCACGUUAGGACUGAGCACGAGAGGCUCCUGUCUGCGCUUUAAGGUAGACAAACUUAAUUACCUGAACUUGGAUUCUGAACCGGAGAGUUGCAGCUCGAACCAUCCUGAGUGAACUAUGAAGUUCUGUGAAUAAGAAAAUAAAACACUUGUAUUUGAAGAUCUAGACUCAAUCUACAGUAUUGCAAGAAACUUGAACUUCCAAGACAAUCAAAAUGUUGUGAAUUUCCAAUACAUGUUACCGACUUCAACUU